GCACCAAAGAAAUAUUGGAUUGCAAUGUCGGGAUCAAGCCACAUCAUGACAUUGUUUGGAGGCGAGCUGUUCAAACAUCAGGGUGCCGAGAUGAGGAAGUGGAGGGAGAGCCCGUGCACUCCCAAGACCGUCGCGUUGCUCAGUCCCCUGGGGACGAUCCGAGUCGACGCGUGUGAGAAUGGCGUGCACACCAUCCAGAUCCUAAUGGAUGUCGCACCUGCUGAAAGGAGCGGCGAGGCCCCCCUGAGCUGCCGCGUGGUCAACGGCGGCUCGGCAGAAACGAGCCCCGAGUUGCGGCGCUGCGUAGAAUGGCUCCAGGCGUACUUCGGCGAUCCGCGCAGCACUGGGAGUCUCCCGCCGCCCGCCAUUCACCACCCCGCCUUGAGUGCAGACACAUUCACCAGUCGUGUGCUGCACGUCCUGUUCAGAGAUGUGAAAAUCGGGGAGACGGUCUCUUACAAACGCCUGGCUGAGAUGGCGGGAAACCCCAGAGCGGCGCGGGCAGUGGGCGGGGCCAUGAGGAAGAACCCGAUUCCGCUCAUCAUCCCCUGCCACCGAGUCAUUUCGAGCAGUGGCCAGAGCGGCCCGUACAUGAGCGGCAGGGGCGACCGCCUCAAACAAUGGCUGCUCGCCCACGAGAGGCGGCGCGAGGAAGGCUGACGCACGACGGACGCCAACUGUAUCAAGUAUUGAAGAAAAAACACACACACAGAUAAAACACGGGCGCAAAGUUGAGUGUGUACGUAAAUAUUCAAUUUAAAUUAUUAUUAUUAUUUUUUUAAAUCUAAGAAUAGAGAUGCUUGCAUAGUUAAUGUACUAGCGAGUUGUUGCAGAAUUAGAAUGUACAAAAAUAACUUAAACAGAGAACAGUAGGAAUUACAAACAUAUGCUCCCGUGGGCCUCCGCUGCGUUUGCCAGAUAGUGCUUGGAAUGGUUUUUCUAAAGAGUUAUUAUUCCCUUAAAAAUAUGUCUCUCGCAUUCUUGUUGUUGUUGUUUUUUUCCUGAGAGCAGAAUUAGUCUUUGUACCUCUCAUUGUUUUUUUAAUUUCCUGCCAAGCGAGUGCUUUGUUCGACAUCCAGUGAUAAAGGCUCAGAAUUUUGCCGCUACAAAGCUUUGUAGUGGAGUAUUUGUUUU